AUGGCGACAAACGUACUCUCCCUCUUCUCGCUGCAGGGCAAGACGGCCCUGGUAACGGGUGGAAGCAGGGGUAUCGGGCGGGCGAUGGCUGUCGGCCUUGCAGAAGCGGGUGCAGACAUCAUACUUGUUCAAAGAGACGCCGGCAACACGCAGACGCGAGACGAGAUACUGCAGAAAACAGACGGCAGGGUCAAGGUGACCAUCUACAUCGCUGAGCUGGCCGACAGGGCUGCGGUAAAGGAGAUCGUCCCCGACGUGGUCAGGGAUGGCACGGCGGUUGAUAUCCUGCUGAACUGUGCAGGCAUUCAGCGGAGACACCCGAGCGAGGCGUUUCCGGACGAGGACUGGGAUGAGGUGCUCCAAGUGAAUCUGUCGGCGGUCUUCACGCUCUGCCGUGAAUUCGGGGCCUAUCUGCUCUCCCGCAACGCCCCAGGCUCCAUCAUCAACAUGGGCUCUCUGCUCUCGUACCAAGGAGGCAUCACCGUCCCCGCCUACGCAGCGUCCAAGGGCGGCAUCGCCCAACUGACCAAGGCGCUGUCGAACGAGUGGGCGGCCAGGGGGGUCCGCGUCAACGCUAUCGCGCCAGGAUACAUCGACACAGACAUGAAUACGGCGCUGAUCAAUGAUCCAGCGCGGAGCGAGGCGAUUUCGGCGAGGAUUCCGGCUGGCAGGUGGGGGAAGGCCGAAGACUUCAAGGGCAUCGCCGUGUUCCUGGCGAGCGAUGCGAGUGCGUAUGUCUCGGGGGAGAUGGUCAACGUCGACGGGGGGUGGAUGGGCAGGUAG